UGUAAACAAUUUCUUACAAACGGUCACAGUAGAUAUUUAACUAUCCAUCUAUAGUAAUAAAUCUUUUAAUUAAAGCAUUCUGUGCUCCUCAGGUGUUGUCAGUGAUGAGUGGAGAGUGAUUUAUCCUGCUUCGAUCUGUGCUGUGAGGGGAUCUGAUGUCACUAUUAACUGUACAUUUACAUAUCCACAUGGACAUAAAGUAAAGAGAGUGCUAUGGUGUUCAAUGAGAUCAAACCAAGACAGAGUGUCAAACUGGACCAUAUGUAUACGAUAGUAACAGGAAUAAACAAAACAACUUUCAAUACAUUGGGGACAAAACCUCAGAUUGUUCUCUUCUGAUCAGUAAUAUUGAUGAAACACAUUCUGGACUGUAUAAAUUCAAAUUUAUAACCGAUAUGUACGAUGGACGUUGGACAGGUGAACAUGGAACAAAUAUUUCAGUACACGAUUUAAGAGUGUCCAUGAGCAGGUCAAGAGUAAAUGGAGGCACAAUAGUGGGAGACUCAGUGAAUCUGACCUGCACACUCAACUGUUCUGAUCAUUUAUCUGAGGUUCGGUGGUUUAAGAACGGUGAUCUGAUUCAACAUUCAGAGCCCGUCCUCACCUUCACCAGAAUAACUGCUAAAGACUCCGGCAAUUACUCUUGUUCUUUGAGAAACUUUCGAAAUGCUGUAUCUGAAGAAUUUACCAUUUACAUCGAAGCAGAUGUCGCCGGGUCCCCAUCAGUUCUGAUUAUUGUGGCGUCUUUAGUCUCACUUGUUUUCAUCACAGCAGCUGCGAUGCUGAUAAGAAGAAGGAAAGCGAAAACUCAAAGAAAACCAACGGAAGAAAGAGAAGAAGCCCAGGAUUGUCUUUACAGCAUCCCUCAAAAAGCUGCUUGUAGAAAUCAACCAGAAGCCAAGGAUGUACAGCAGAAAGAUGAGGUGGAGUACGCAUCUGUCAGCAUUAAACCCAAAGAACAGCUUCAAAUGCCUGCAAACACAGAGCAGGGGGAUGAUUCAACCAUCUACAGCGCAGUGAUUAACGGUUAAUCUUACACAUUCAGCAGUGAAGAUAUACAUCUCUACUGUAAAAUGCCGACUGUAUAUUUGUGUGGGAGAGUUUUGUUUUGUCUCUAAAAAUAACUCAGUUCUCAUCUCCCCACUAAAAAAAAAAACAAUAGUACCAUUACAAAAGUUCUAUGAUUUUUUUUUAGUAGAAAUAGCCUACCAUUUAGCAUACCUUUUAAACCAUUAUCUUUUACCCAUUAAAACCAUUUUAAAAAGUGUGGGACAUUGGUUUUAACAAGCCACCAAUAGAAGGUCACCAAUUACCAGUAAAAACCCACUGGGUCAAAUACAGCUCCAAUUAAAACAAGUGCAAUUGCUAUUAUAACGUUCUUUACAGAUAUAUCUAUAAGUAAAACUGUUACAUGUGAUGCUUUCUAUUGUGUGGGGGGUUUUAAUUGCUGGGCUGUCUGCAUUUGAAACUGUAGGACAUAGUUUAGUGUACUACUUUGUUGCUUUUGCUAAUACUUUUAUUUUUUGAAAAAUGCAAAUAAUUUU